AACACCGUCGCGGUUUUAGUCCGACCCACUCAUAAUUCACACACCUGCGAAACAUUUGACGAGCGCAUACCCACAGUGUUACCUCGUUUCGUCACCGUUUAAUAUCAAACACCAUUGAUAUAAAGUGAUUUUUGUGGUUAAUUUCCAGUUUGUUUUAUGGCGUUCUGUGAAUUGCGUUGUUCGGACUGGGGGCGUGUUUCCAAGCGCGAGCUCUAGGACUCAUUUCUUCCCAUCUUAUGUUCUUAUCCAGUGACAAUUUUAACAAGGAUCUAAUAAUAAUUUUGUCAAGCAGAUGCACCGAUCUCUGGGUGGUCUAGUACGCCGACUAUCAGAACAUGCGCGCUCUUGUCUCUCUCUGUGAGGGGUUUCAGCAGUAGCAGCGCGCUCUCGGUUCCCCUUUCUGUUGAAGCUGAACGGGCCCGUUUCAUCUCACAAUAUCCUGAAACAUGGAGCACGCCGGCUGCGUCAACAUCUGCAGUCUCACCAGCACAUUACCGGUGAUCCCGUAUCGGAAACUAACGGACCUGCACUUCAUCAGUAAAGGGGGCUUUGGGACGGUGUUCAGGGCGCUGCACAGCGACUGGCGCACCACCGUGGCCAUCAAGUGCUUGAAACUGGAUUCUCCAGUUGGCGAGAGGGAAAGGAAUUGUUUAUUGAAGGAAGCUGAGGUGCUUCACAAAGCUCGAUUUAACUACAUCAUCCAGAUCUUUGGGGUGUGUAACGAGCCUGAGUUCUUCUGCAUUGUGACUGAGUACAUGAGCAACGGUUCACUGGAUGAGAUCCUACAUGAGAAAGAUAUGUACCCAAUGGUGGCCUGGCCAUUGAGGUUACGUUUUCUUUAUGAGAUCGCUCUAGGAGUCAACUUCCUCCACAAUAUGACACCACCCCUUCUACACCAUGAUCUCAAAACUCAGAACAUCCUGAUGGAUGGGGAGUACCAUGCUAAGAUAGCAGAUUUUGGCUUGUCUAAAUGGCGUCAGCUCUCAAUCACUAAAGGGUCCGGCUCCAAACCUGCCGAAAUGGGAGGCACGGUCAUCUAUAUGCCACCUGAGGAGUACGAACCUUCCAAGAACCGCAGAACCGAUGUCAAAUAUGACAUGUACAGUUACGCCAUCAUCAUGUGGGAAGUGCUUUCGAGGCGGAUACCAUUUGAAGACGCCACCAAUCCCAUGCAAAUCAUGUUCAGCGUCCUCCGAGGAUCCCGGCCCGACACAGGCCUGGACAGUCUGCCUGCGGACAUUCCCAGUCGAGAGACCCUCAUUAACCUCAUGACCUGCGGCUGGACCGCCAACCCAGACGAACGCCCCUCCUUUCUCAGUUGUCUUAUUGAACUGGAGCCCAUGUUGAGAAGAUUCGAUGAGAUUGAUGUCUUGGAAGCGGUGCUGGAAGUCAAACGAACAAAGUAUAUGAGGCCAUCAAGCGGUUGCUCAUCAACUCAAACAAAUGGGAAAAGAAUUGAGGAAAAGAGUGUAAAGGAGCAAAACGUCCCUUGGCCAGACAACAGUUCCACAUCUGGAUCAGGAUCCGGCUCUUGCUCUUGCUCUUCCCAGGAAGCAGAAAUGUCACAUCCAGGCUUCCUUACCAUAUCAAAUCCCUCUCAAGGUGUGUCAAGUGCUCAAGCUGGUCCGCAGUCAUCGUUAAUGUCCCUUCCACUUGAUCCUCCAAAACCUCUUAUGGACCACUGCUCUCGAAACAACCUCGGUGCUGAAAACCCGACGGCACCGCCAGUGUCCGACCUCAACAUACCUUUCAAACCACAUGCGCCUCAAAGUGAAAGUGAUCUGGCUCUUGUCAUUCAACCCCUCACUCUGCAGACAUACCCACAAGAUUUUGCCAUAGCAUUGGACGUUCAAGGACCGGCGGCUCGCUGGAUCGCUGCUCGAAGGGAGGAGGUUGUGCGGCAGAUGACGGAGGCGUGUCUCAAUCAGAGUUUAGACGCUCUGUUGUCUCGUGAGCUGCUGAUGCGCGAGGACUACGAACUGGUCGUGAACCAAGCCACACGUACGGCCAAAGUGCGGAAGCUUCUGGACACGUGCGAGCGGCACAGUGAGGAGUUCUGCCGUGUGGUGGUGAAGAAGCUCCAGGACAAUAAACAGAUGGGCCUGAAGCCCUUCCCUGAACUCAGCACCACCAGUCCUCCUCCUCCACCGUAUACCGCCACCUACACCACAAACUCCUUCAACACACAAAACUUCUGAACGGCUCCCCGAUCACUGGUCUUGAACCGGAGCUCUGUGAGUCCUCCUUACAGUUAAGGAUGGUUCCUGUUCACACGCUCUUGCAUUUUUUUGUGCUGCUUGGCCGAUACUUUGUGUGCCUGGACAAGUGCUUUUGCCUCGCUGGUUAAGGUGUUGGUACCUAUGACGCACUUUGUUUGGUAUCAGCUUGAACAGUCGUUUUACACGCGUCAAACAAGACCGACUUGAUCGAUUGGUCAAAUAAUUAUUUGGCUCAUAUUGACUUUUUACAUAGUGGUUAUUGAUUCACUGACUCAAUGCCUAUAAGUUAUUGAUGAAAGAGACGUGAACCUAAGCAGUACAGUGGUUUCAAAAUGUCACAUUUAAACUUUUUUCCCAACCAAAAAGAGAAAGCAGAGAAACAUCCAAGCAAUCGAUCCUAUGUUGUCAUUUGCACCUUCCACGCCAGCAAAUUGAGUAAAAUAGAAGACUGAAUGAAGUUGUAGAGAAAGACGCACCCUCCUGUUAUGUGAUGUUUCGUCCACAUUACUGCACAGUUACACGUCCGGACUUGAUAAAAAAAAAACGUGAAUCAGCAGUUUCGGUCUUCCGUUUGGUAAACCAGUGCUUGUUGUUCUCAUGGUGGCUCUUAAAGUCAGGUCUGAUGGCUGUUUCACUAUGCGUUUAAUGCUUUGUCAGCCUUUGUUAGUCUGCCAUGUGGUGGAUGUUUUGCAGAUCUAGACUUUAGUCAGGGUUGGUGCAAUAUCACAGGGUUGAGGCUGCUGUGUGUUCAAUGGGUUAUAGAUUGUAAAAAAUAAACGAGUCUUAAGAAUUCUUAAGAAAACAACUUUUUUCUUCAGAUUAAGUUGAGUUUGAUCAUGGCUUUUUUUAUUUUCAUCGCAUUAAAUGUGAAGUCUACACAAAGUAAAAUCAAUUCGCACACCAAUGGUUUAAUGGUUUGGCCUUAAAGGGAUAGUUUACCUAAAAAUUAAAGAUCUGUUUUUUCAAAACUAAAAUCUCAUGUCAUUCCAAAGAGGUAUGACUGACUUUCUUUUUUGAGUAAUGUCAAAUGGGUCAAAACCACAUUGAACCCCAUUGAAAUUCAUUGUAUGGACAAAAAAACAGAGAUUCUUUAAUAUAUCUUCUUUUAGAAGAAGAAAAGUCACACCGUUUGGAACUAAAUGAGGUGAGUAAUAGAUAACCGAAUUUUCACUUUGGACUGAACUAUGCCUUUUGAAAUAAUACAGGGUGCCAACAAGAUUUUGUGGUUUUUUAAAAACAUUGUAGAUUUUUUUUUUUUUUUUUUGCCAAAAUGCCAAUAACAGACCCUUACCAGACUCUUUUUUUUUAUUUUAUUAAUCCAAUCAGGUGUUGUUCUUUUAUUGCCUUUACUUUUCUAUAGUGAGUCCUGUAGCAUCCUGUUCACAAGCAAUAUUAGACCGCACAUACAAUGAAGACAAAGCAACCCUGGCAGAAUAAGGCGAUACGGUAGAGUCUAUAAUAGAGUUCAUACAAACUUGACGAAGUCAACGUCUUCUCCGUUACGUUUUCCUUCUUCUCAAAUGGCAUGCGAGUCAAGAACAUUAACUCUACCGUAUAUUAAACAGUCAAUAGUUGCAUAUCGAACCAUAUGCGUCUUGGAUUAGUUACUUCUCAGUAAAUAUUGUGCCAUCUACAGUAUGUAGCCUAGUUUGCUGUGGUUACCCUUGACACCAGAUGUAGCAGCAGACAUAGGGCCUUUUACAGCUUUUUCAGUAGAUAAAACGGGCUUAUGAAGUAACUGUGUUAAAUAUACUGAUGCUUACAUCACAGCUGGAUAGAUUUUUGGAGAAAAGCUACUGGCAAGAUGCUUUUUCAAGAAACAAAUAUCAAGUGACUGUUUAUACAAACAUUGCCAGUUUAGAUCAGCAGUUUCUUUUGAAAAUUUGAUUUCCAAAAUGAAUAUGCUUCAGAUGCAGUGUAAUAAAUUGUUUAGAAACUAAACCAAAGGGAAUGCCAAGAGUUAGCACUGUAAAUAUGGGCUCUUCAAGCAGAACACAGAGAAAUACUUGAUACUGAAUCAAAUUUGUGGUAAUGCUUUGAUCAUUGACUUUUUUUGUGUGUGUGACUCAUGAGCUUGAUGAAACAUGAAGCAUUUUAUAAAUGUUUUGCUAUUCCACUGUUCUCUCUUUUUUUUUAGUUUUGUUUUAAGUCUUUGAAUCCCUUCGUUGUUGGGUUUUGGAUGUGUCCACGCUGUAACUUCCCCACUGUGCAAAUAUACAUUGGUUUGGAGGCCUUGUCGUCGCAGAGGUGAUGUGUUUUCACUAGAUUGAUUACAUCGCUUGUCCCUGGAAUGUCCUGAAAUUGGUUGUUUUUUUCAUGUUUCCUUCUCUAAAUCAAACUAGUUUUGAUUUCGGUGGGUGUCGGAUAAGGACUAAUUAGAAAUGUGUGUGAAACCAGUCUUGAGAAGUUGGUGUUUGAUGUUAUUGACUCCUUUUCAAUGCAAGAAUCAGUUUUUUAGUUAUCGUUUGAUUUUUAUGUGGAUAAAUCCAGGGUUUGGGACCAUUUACUAUAUGAAGAGUAUGUAUGUCCUGCUAUUGGUUUGUAUAUUAUUUAUUACAGUCAUCACUAAUCUUUAGUGAUGUUUUACGUCGUUUGUAAUGGGUUGUUGUUUUCUUUUUAUAUAGUUUUGAAAAUAUGACUUUCUUCUAAGUGCUGUGCCAAUCCAGUGAUGCUAUGAGGCUGAAUGCAUCUUUAGAUUAUGCUUAAUACACUUCAGCACACAUCUUAGCAAUAUAUCAGCCAAAUACUGUAUUGCCUAAUGGCCUGUUUUGGAUAUAGAAAAUGUUGCAAUUUCAUUCAUGUUACAGUUACAGUUGUUAUUUAAACCACACAGGCUAGGGAUUUAUUUGAAAUGAAUAUUACUGAUAUCUCAAUGUUCGUUUUUGCCUCGGAGACACUUAACCUAAAUGUCUUGUCAUCAAAUAUAGAAUGACAAUGUAUAGGUGUAUGUAGCAGUGUACAUGUAGCAUACAUCUGUGCUCUAGUACUAUAUGAGGAACUUCCAUAAAAAUGGGAAAUUUGAAAGUGUUAUUAAAAAAAAUGUUAAAUUUCCUGAA